AUGGCAUUCCGAGAACAGCAAGAUUGCACUAGCAGGGAUGCGUGGAAACAAGCAUUCCGAAGAAGCCAAGCAUCUUCUGCUUUGAGGGAAAAAUAUGAAACCAAGAAUUUGGCCCCUUUGCUUCAAGCGCAUGCCUGCUGGACAACCUCUAGCUCUGGCGUGGAGCAAGCUUUUUCCAAAGCUGAGAGGAGCCAUGGAGCUAAGCAUUUCGGGCCAAAGGCAGCCGAUUCAGAGCGUCGAGCGAUGGUGUGCUUGACGUACAAUGACUCCCCUGCAGCGUCUUUGGCUUCUGUCGUGGACAAGGCCCGUGCUCUAUAUGCAGCAAGAGUAUCCAGACACCUUGGCAAAUACCAAAGGAAGCGCCUAGACAAGGGGGUCAAGACAGGUCCUCGAGCAAAACUUGCUGGCAAAGUCGUGGAGAAGACUUGGAUCAAGCGUAGGCGGGCUUCUGUCAGGGCAGCCGCUGCAAGCACUUCAGGGCAAAAACCUGUGGACCACGAAGUUGCGAUAGCCAAUUUGUCACAGAAAGCUCAGAAGGAAAUUGCCAACUCGCGAGAAACGCUUCUGAAGAAGAAGGUGGAGGCGCGUCGUGAUGGCUAUUUCCUCGGCUUGGGUGCCGCGGAAGGCUUGAGCUUGGAGCAGGCAGCUGCCAAGAGAGCCAGGGAGGACGCCAAAGCAGAUCAGGCCAUGCAUUUGAAACGGAAGAAGCAAGAAUCCCAGCUCCUUUCCACAACGAAUGCGCGCACAUGGAGAUGGCAAUCACUAGGGCCAGCCAAGGCAUGGUUCGCCACUGGAUUGCCUCCCACGGCGUGCGCCCCAUUGCUGCAGGAGCAGGACAUCCGAGCUGCCUCUGUCUUUGUUGUGGACGAUUCAGCUAUUCCCUCGAAGGCUUAUUUCAUGGCCGUGGCAACUGGGGGCUGCAUUUUGUCAUACUCCUUGCUACUGAAGCGCGCCGGCAUCAAAUCUCAAUACUGCUUGCAGAAGUUGGAGUCUUUGAAACGGAAGUGGCCCACGCUCCACUGCACGCCAGACUUCAAGCAACAAGAGCCAGCCAUGACUCAUCUCCUGAGGUGCCCCCAGGGUCACCUCGCGAAGCCGGACCGGUCUGGCUCUGCGAGGAGCCUCGCGAACCCGGACCGGUCUGGCUUUGCGAGGCCAAAAGGUUCCAAGCUCCGAGUUUUUUCUGACUGCGCUGGAAUCAGCGCUGAGACUAUCGCUUUGACACUACUAGGACUCAAGCAGUUUUUCACCAUCGUUGGUGGAAGUGAAAUUGACGAAGUGAAGCGAUGUCUCAUUGGUGUGGUUCACGAAACCUGCCGGACCAGCUGUAAGUCAGAGUCUUUUGCCACAGACAUCUUCCAAAGAGACCCCAAAGAUUCCCCAGGUGCCGAAAUCAGGCUGGCAGGGUUUCCUUGCCCUGCAUUUUCGAAAAUGGGACGCAGAUUCGGCUUGCGGGAUUCGAAAAAAAGAGGCAUUCCAUUGGUGGCUGGGCUGCGGUACAUAGCCUACCACAAGCCGCCCGUAGUUUUGCUGGAGCAAGUGACUGGCUUCUUGGAAAAGAAGCAUUGGCUGGCCCAGAAGAUGCUUCGCAAAACAUUUGCUGCUUGCGGGUACACGGUCCGUGCAAAAGUCUUGCAGACUUGCGACCACGGCUUGCCCCAAAGCAGACCCCGUCUUUGGGUCGUGGCCUUGCGAAAUCCCAUUGCCGAAUUCCGGUUUCCCAAGGCCUUGGGGAAGUGUCCUCCGAUUGAAUCCAUCUUGGACGUCGGCAAAGUGGGAGAUGAAGUACUGGAUUUGAGCAAGUUUGGCCCAAGCACUGCAACCGAGAAGCUUCGAACUGGCUACUGGAUCCUGGACGUCGCCUCGUCCGCUCGGUUCACCAGCAUUCCCAAGCAUCGGGUGAGCCCUUGCCUCACCCGUAGCCGGUGCAAAGCUCGUGGCUACUAUGUGCCCCGCUUGGCUCGGCGGCUGUCAGUGGAAGAAUUUUCCCAGCUGCAAGGCAUUCCAGUCAGCAUUUGCCGAAACAUGGUUCGAAAACUUUUGGCCGAGCACGCAAACGACAAGAGGUUCACCCAGGCCAGAUGCGAAAACGAAGUGGCAGCAGCAUUUGGAGAUGGAAUGAGCUUGAAUGUGCUUCAACGGGUCCUCAGUCGGGCACUGGCUGCGAGCGGCUUGUGGCCAUCUCAAGUUACUAGGUUGAACAAGGCGGAGCAGAACCAAGUUAAGAAGGACUUGGCCGAGUGGGAAGCUGAAAAUGCUCAGCUCCGGGAAGAGGCUCGAGACGAGUAUGACAGAAAGCACACAGAGGAGAAGAAGCGCUUGGAGAGGGUUUUCCAGGAAGCCAAGCACUUGAAGAGCUUGCAGAAGCAAAGCGCCAAGGCUAACUCUGCUCCCAAGAAUCCAGCCGACCCAGCCGGCAGCAGCUGUGUUGUUGGGCCAGGCCUGAAGGAUUCUGGGGUGAAUGAAGCCUACAUGCAGGGCUUGAAGAACGAUUUGCAGGUGAUCGCAGACAAGCUUGGCGACCUCAAGUCGGAGCUUCCCGUCCCGAUCGUCCAAGCAAACGAUGACAAGGGCGGAGUGCAGGAUGCUGGCAAGGCCCUUGAUGGCCAAGGUUUGUACAUCUCAGCCUGCAAUCUGAUGUGGGUUGAUCUGUAUCGCACAUCCAAUCCAUCGGUGCCGCUUUGCAGAAAGAGGGUGGAGGACUUGGGCUCCCAUUGCUUCGGCUCGGGGCACUCUUUCUUUCGCUCGGUCCUCGAAGUUGCCGUGGUCAAGGAGGAGCUCUCUGACAGGCCAGCCGGUCUGAAGCUGAUCAGCCCGGAGGAACAGGCCCACGCCAUUGUCUUUGCUUGCGCAAAGCGCUUGAGAGAAGCCGACUGCAACGAGGAAGAGAGGAAGCAGUGGCGGCUGACUUUGUUGGGAAUUCCCACUUGCAUGGUGCUGUGCGCUGAGAAGGACAUUUGGCACAAGGCGAUCAGCCGAAGGCAACAGGUCAUGCAGGAGCAUGAAUCCAUGGCGAGGACAGCCUUCCAAAUGAGCGCAGAGCUCGUCAGUUUGAAGGCCUCUGUGUUGCGAAAAUCAGUUGUGAUUGAUUUGUUUUUUCCAGAUUUUUUACGCGGCUUUCUAGCAUCGUCAAGUUUGCAGGCCAUGCUCGAAUCUGUCGAAAACCGUCGGCUCCAAGACUCUGAAGUGGCUGCCCUGGUCAAGACCUACCCCAUCACAACUGCGAAGACUUCUGCGAAUUCCAACGGCGGCAUCUUCACAGAGUGGAACUUCACCGCUGCUGGACAUGUCAUGCGGCAGCUUGGCUCAGAUGACGAGGUCUUGGAAGUGAUCCGAGUCUUGGAGAGCAAGCAUGGACUUGACAGCUGCCUGAACAGCUUGGUCAAGCUUGAGAAGCUUGCCACUAAACCCAGUGGCAAAGCUGCCAGGCGCUGGAUUUUUCAGAUGCUCUUGGACCAUUUGGAGCAUGGGCUGGCAGAGAACGAAGACAUCAGCAAGAAGGCGUUGCUGGGAGACAAGCACACGGCUGGUCUCGUGGUGUUGUGGGAGUGGAAGAUGAAGCUUCUCAACUACAUCUGUGACACCCUCAUGCUGCAGGCCAAGAUCUCAGAGACUGACCGGGAGGCAAUCAAGUCCAGAUGCCGGGAUUGUCCUUCAAUGCGGCAAGCCUGUGAAGACAGCGUGCAGUGGCAGGCUAGCAUGUCCAGGUCCGGGCAAGAGGCUUUGCGUUUCUUCCGGGAUGUGGUCUUCCUCAAAACGUUCGACAACUUGUUGAGGGGCAUUUGCAAAGGAGUCAGCACCAAUCCGGAGGUCGUCUUGGAAUUGGACUCCAUCAACGAGCGCUGGCAGCAAGUCAUCGCAAUGCGCCAGAACGAGCUUGCCCAGAACCAGGCAAAGGAAGCGGAGCUCAGCGACGGUGAAGAUUCUCAAGAUGAGGAGGCUUUGCUGACAGAAGCCAGGAAGGCCCCAAACACUCUGAAGCAAGGCAGCCCGAGCUAUUGGAGAGCAGUUGCCAACAAGUCAGUCAGGAUGUACUUGACCUUCGUCACGGAAGGCAAGAAUGAUUCUCAGUUGCAGCUCCAAGUUUCCCAAUGGCAAGCAGCGACUGGCCUGCAGCCUGAAAUUGGAAAGAAGACCCUGUUGGUGCACCUCGACACCGCGCUGCUUGGAGAAUCUUCUGGCCCUCACUGCCAAGCGGAGCUCCGAGGCAAGCGCUGGAAGCCAGCUGCUUGGCUCAUUUUUUUUUUGACAUUUUUUUCAGUCAAAGAGUCCACACUGCGGUUUCAAAAUUUUCAUAUUAUUGAGCGGCUGCUGACUGAGGACAUUGACCUUGUCGAGAAGCUUGCUGCUUGCCCUUGCAUCGCCUUGGGGGCACAGUCAGUGGAGAAGGUUCGUUGCUCUGUGCCUGCCGAAGGGGUUGUGGUGGCUGUGGUAGACCCGCUGAGCGUUGGCCCCAAGCUCUUCAAGGAAGCUUCCAAGCAGUCUGUGUGGCUGAUGUUCAAUGAGAAAUCGGUUCGUGAAAGGAAGCAGAUCGUCAGAGCGGGCGCCUACAGCCAGCAGAUGCUGUGCAACCUCUACAGUGAGAAGCCAUUGAGUUUGACCAUGCCCGAGGUUGAGCGCAAGAUCUAUCCCGGCUUUAGCCACGGCGACGUCAUCGGGUACAUUUCUUGCUUGGGCCCUUCGAAGCUUUGGCGAGUUCCCAGGAAGGACAAGCUGGACAUCCUUGGCAGCCGGCACGUGUUCAUUCCGGCCAACUCAAGCCAGCAAGGCGACGGCCAGCCGGCAGAGGAUGCGGCAGGAGCUGGAGAGCUUGAGAGCGUGUUCAGUUGCUCCAUGCUGCCGGUCGAGUACUACAUGGAGAUGGUCCAUUCCCUGAGCUGCAUCGGCAUUGUCGACACAUCUCCAGCACAAGGACCGCAACCCGUGUUACUUAAGUCAUUGGUUUUUUUAACUUCAUCGGAAAAUCUUGCAGGAGAGCUCCUGAAAGCAGCGAUGUCUUCUCGCACUCCUUGUCUUGCAAUUUGCGGGACGGAUGGACAUUGCAAGAAGCUUGAGAUCAUGUUGACGGAAUACAUCUACGAAGAGCAGCAGCGGGAUGGAUCCACCUACUACAUCCCUGAGAUGACGGUCAAGAGCCAGAAUGACGAGCCCAAGCCCAAGUCAAAGGCCAAAGCAAAGCCGGUGACCAAGAAGCGCCCCAAGAAGAAUGAGACGGUGCCGGGUGACGGUGACGAGGAGGCGGAGGCCCAGGGCGAAGAGCCUGAGCAGAAGAAGCCCAAGACGACGAAGAACAAGACGAAGAAGAAAAGUGUCGAAGACGAGGGCGCCGCCUCUGACGGUUCAGGGUCGAGCAUGGCCUGGUAG